AUGAAGUUCACCACUGUCUUUGGCGUUGCUGUCCUAUGCAUGACCCAUUCUGCUGUUGCUUGGAAGCUUCCUCACGGCGAUAAGCCUCAGGAUAAGCCUCAGGAUAAGCCUCAGGGUCCCCCUCCUACUGGGCUGCUAUUCCCCUCUGGUCCCACGCCCACCGGUCCUCCUCCCAGUGACUGCCCCUCUGGAUUCCCAUCCGGAUUCCCUCCUGGUCCUGGAGGACCUCGACCUAAGCCCACUGGACCUCCUCCUAGUGGCUUUCCCUUUGACUUCCCAUCGGACUUCCCUCCUUGUCCUGGAGGCCCUCAGCCCACCGACACUCUGAGCGGCUUCCCCUCUGGCUUCCCCGAACCCACGGGCCCUCCCCGUCCACCCGUUGGAUCUAGAAUUGCCCGAGGAGGACGAGGACCUCUCCGUGGGUCUGGUGAACGUCCUCAUGGUGAACGUCCUCAUGGUGGACCUCAUGGAGGACCUGGCCCCGAGGGACCUAAGCCCACCGGCACCAUUAGCGGUGUUUCAUCAGGAUUCCCUACACUUACCAGUGUCUCUUGCGGAUUCCCUGAGCCUACCGGUCUUCCUUCCGGUUUCCCAAGUGAAGGUCCCGGUGGUUCCUUCACCAGUCUGCCCUUCCCAACUCCAACCCUAUCUCCCACCGAUGCUGGCCAGGGCAAGGAACCAUCUGAUCUGGAGGAUUUCCCUCGUAUUCACGCCCGCCAGAUCCGCCCUAUGUUGUUUUAG